AUGGACACAAAUGACGACAACCUCCUGCGAUCCGUGUGUACUCACGCAGCGCCCUUACCAAAGAGCUGGGCCCGGCGCCCAGGAACCCGAGGCGCGCACAGGUCUGCCGGUGCAGCGCGGGGACCGAGGGCCAGGCAGGGAGCCAGCGUGCACAGUCGCCCCGGUGCAGGAGACUCGAAGGCAGCUCCCGAUCCCGCAGCAGCCCGCCCGGCCGUGAAGACUGCAGUCACCGAAGCGCCCUCCAGCCACCUGCAACUCCUACUUCCAGCCUCAGAGCACCUUCCCGGUCCAACCAAGCCCGCGAACCCCGCCACUCGACAAGCAGCCGCCUCCUCCAAUCGCCGCCGCCGCUUGAUGGGCCGGCCGGCUGGGCGGAGCGACAGGGCGGAAAACCCGCCUCCCACAUGGUCGGUUGAGAGGUCGCCUGCAGUUGCUAGAGCGCGGCUGUUCGAAGAGGGCGCCAGUGGCGGCGGGAAGCUCCCCGGAGCCCCCAUUGGGGAAGUCGUAAGCCAAUCACAAAGGCCUUCUGAGAGGGCGGGCUUAGAGUUGCCUAGAGACGGCGGAGCGUUUGCCCUUCCAGAGAGAGCUACAACACCACUUGAUCCAGUGUUGACUACCCAUGUGUGCUGCUUACACUAUCAGAGCUCCCUGCAUCUGGACCUCCUGGCUACCCAGUCUCUGUGCAUCAGCUGGAAGGAGACCAUAGUCCUACCCUGUCUCUGA